AAAACAUGCACGUGCAGUGAAUCGGUGCAAGUCAGUAUUUUCCUUUUGCCAGUUUUGGAGUUUUUUUGGUCGUAAUCAUGAGGAAACUUAAAUUUCAUGAACAGAAACUCUUGAAGAAGGUUGACUUUAUCUCAUGGGAAGUCGACAAUAAUUUGCACGAGGUGAAAGUGCUGAGAAAAUACCACAUUCAGAAGAGAGAAGACUACACGAAAUACAACAAACUCAGUCGUCAUGUGCGAGCAUUGGCCAAUAAAAUCAAGCAGCUGGAUCCAAAGGACCCUUAUCGGACACAAUGCACGUCACAAAUGCUCGAAAAACUGUAUAACAUGGGCAUCAUACCAACCAAGCGCAGCCUAGAACUCUGCGACAAAGUCUCUGCAUCGUCAUUCUGUAGAAGACGCUUACCUGUUGUCAUGGUGAAGUUAAAGAUGGCGGAGGAUGUGGCCAAUGCUGUCAGGUUUAUAGAACAAGGACAUAUCAGAGUUGGCCCUGAACUUGUACUAGAUCCAGCGUUUCUCGUAACCAGGAAUUUGGAGGACUUCGUGACGUGGACCGACACUUCCAAGAUUCGGCAGCAUGUCACCACUUACAAUGAAAUGAGAGAUGACUUCGCACCUUUAUAGCAUUAGGGUGAAAUAGUUAAGUACGAGGACUGUUCCACAUAAACCAGCUUCUACAUUCACUGCUAUGAUGAACUACAGGAGGGCCACUUAGAUGCAUGGAAAUUCAAUCAUCAGUGACCUUGGCUGUGAUCAAGGAUUGGUGUGGUGGAUGUUUCUUUGUACAGCAGACUGGCCAAUACAUUUUGCUUAAACAAGUAAAUUGUAUGUUUUAUAAACCCACAUUCAAUCCUACUAACAACUAAGGAUCAGUUAUUAUGCUUGGGUACCACAUGUGUAGGACAGUUUGUACUAGUGUUUGUGCAUAAGACUAUUUUUGGUCAAGACCUGCAGAGAUAUUACUGAAGCGCUUUUAAACUUUCUACCUGUUACACAUGAUGUAUGGAAAGUAGAAGGCGACACUUGCAACCAACCCAUUUCAGCAUACAUCAAGAAUGUUUAUUAUACAGACAAGCUUGUGCCAUUGAUACUUGAAUGAUACGCUGGUGAUACUUCAAUUCACCCUAUUUAUAUGGAUCAGGUUUUGUUUUUAGCCAGUUCUUCUUAGCUUGUAAGUUCAUAAUAUGGUAUUGAUCCAAGUAUUGUAUUCCAUUUAAACAAUAAAAACCACAGUUUCAGAAACUUGUUGCAGCCCCAUUUUAGCAAGUUUGCAAUUUUCAAAGUAAAUGUAAAUAAAAACAAUGAAAUACAGUUUAA